UGCCAGAGAAGCUUUGAAAAGGGUCACGUUGCGCUGCAGCAGAGAAACAGGAAUCAACUCCGCAUCCUCUGAACACUCCCCACCUGCUCUGUGUCUGCCGAAGACAGAAAUCUUUAGCCACCAUGACUCACCAGUACCCCGCACUGACUGCUGAGCAGAAGAAGGAGCUGCAGGACAUCGCUCUGAGGAUAGUAGCUCCAGGGAAAGGCAUCCUCGCAGCCGAUGAGUCCACCGGCAGCAUGGCGAAGCGCUUUAACCCCAUUGGGGUUGAGAACACCGAGGAGAACAGGCGCCGCUACCGCCAGCUGCUGUUCACCGCCGACGAGCGCAUCGACAGCUGCAUCGGAGGGGUCAUCUUCUUCCACGAGACCCUCUACCAGAAGACAGACGAUGGCACCCCCUUCGCCAAGCUCAUCAAAGACCGCGGCAUCGUUGUCGGCAUCAAGGUUGAUAAAGGUGUUGUGCCCCUUGCUGGAACCAAUGGAGAGACCACCACCCAGGGUCUGGACGGGCUGUCUGAGCGCUGUGCGCAGUACAAGAAGGACGGUGCCGACUUCGCCAAGUGGCGUUGUGUGUUGAAGAUCAGCGAGACCACACCGUCUGAGCUGGCCAUCUUUGAAAAUGCUAACGUACUGGCCCGAUAUGCAAGCAUCUGCCAGCAGAAUGGUAUUGUCCCAAUUGUGGAGCCUGAGAUCCUUCCUGAUGGAGACCACGACCUGAAGCGAUGCCAGUACGUCACUGAGAAGGUUCUAGCUGCUGUGUACAAGUCUCUGUCAGACCAUCAUGUGUACCUGGAGGGAACAUUGCUGAAGCCCAACAUGGUCACACCUGGACACUCUUGUCCCACCAAGUUCAGCAGCGAGGAAAUCGCAAUGGCGACCGUCACUGCCCUGCGCCGCACCGUUCCCCCAGCUGUCACAGGAGUGACGUUCCUGUCAGGUGGCCAGUCUGAAGAGGAGGCCAGCGUGAACCUCAACUCCAUCAAUACCUGCCCUCUUCUCAAGCCCUGGGCUCUGACUUUCUCCUACGGCCGCGCCCUGCAGGCCUCGGCCCUCAACGCCUGGAGAGGAGAGCUGAGCAACGAGAAGGCCGCCACGGAGGAGUUCAUCAAGCGUGCCAAGGCUAACGGGAAGGCCGCGCUCGGAAAGUACGAGUCGUCCGGAACCGGUGGCGCUGCUGGGCAAUCCCUCUACGUGGCCAACCACGCGUACUAAACAUCAAAACUCCCGCAUUCAGCUGUGGCCUAGUGCUAGUCUUAAUAUCUGCUCUGCUAUUUCCCCUCACUCCUCCAUCAGUCACAGGCCUGUGCUGUCUACUGUAAUUUGAUCUCAGACUAAAUGUUAUUAGAUAUAUGUAUUUAAAAAUGCAGUACAAUAGGGAGCAGUUUUUUUCUUGUUUAAACAAAAAAGUUCAAGAUGGAUUUAAGAUAAUAUAUGACUGAAGUUUUGAAUUUUAUGUCUAGCUGGGUUUAGGUUCGAAGGCUGAAGAUGGAUGCUGCAGAAUGUCAGUAUUUUAUGGUUUUCAUCUUAUUAGCACAUGUCGCUACGUCAGGUGUUUUUUCUCCCCACCUGCUCCCAAACAGGCCCAGACCAGCAUGUUUGUGUCAGUGUUGCGCUUCUGUCAGAUCACAACAUUGGACUUUUUUAUUUAAACGCAGUAAUAACUUCCACACACACAAUGGGACCAACCUAUAAAUGUUGGCAUCGAAACARUUUUAUGGACAAAACGGCUACAGAAACAGAGUGAAAAUGUUAAACUGAGUAGUUCUGCCACCCAGUCGGUGGCUCCAGCAGAGGUCAGUACACAAAUGGUACUAUAACAUUAAUAUAUAAGUCACUACGCACUUGGGAUUCAUCCUGAACUUUUUGUUCUUGUGCUCCUUCUGACCCAUUAUUAAAAAAUUAAAAACAUCACAUGUAUAUUCUCAGUAUAACAUUAGCUUUAAAUAACCCUCUGUAGAUGUAUUUAGUUGUGUGAAGGUGUCAAUAUUAUGUGAUUUUUUUGUGUGUGUCCCCUCCCUCACUGACCCACUGUUUCCUCCCUGCCUGCCCCCGGGGUAAAGAUCUGAUGGGUUUCUGUUGAUGUUUAGAUUAAACAGACCAAAAUGUGGGGGUCAGCAGUGCAGAAACAGGCACUGCUUUGUUGGAAUACUGUGGUGUUUGUGAUGCUGAAAAUCAUCUUCAAAACAAUUGGUGUAUAGUGGAGAAAAUAAACUUAAAAUUACACAAAAUA